AUGGAUAACCACCUUCCACCCUACCGGGCAGAUAUUUCCCUUUCAGCAAGUCAAAAUCAUGAAUCGCAGAGUCGUGAACGGGAAUCCGAGCUGGCUCCAACACUCAUUGCAAUCAACACUGAGGCACUUACGAACCUUGUCAGUGGACGACUAGAUUUCAAUACACUUAAAGAUCUCGACAUAGAGAUAAACUUCCAUACACAACCCGAAUUGAUAGGACAAAUAGAGGUUGUCAGGAAAACCGAGCAGGUUCCACGGGGAAAGACCUGGGAGCAACGCCAUGCCCUUGUUUUUGAUGUCGCUAAUGCAUCUCUGCGUAUCACCGAUCGUUCUGUGGUAGAAAGAAACUACACGCGCAUUUCUCUCCCUCGCGCCCGUCCCUACAUGAAAGAUUAUAUCUACUACCGCAUGACGCGUGCCAAGAGUGACCCGCUCAAUUUCCAGUACAUGGCAUAUGCAUUAAUAGACCGUCUUGGUGUUAGAAAACAAAGACUAAGAGGAGAGAUUAAGGAGGCAUGGGUGUUAAAUGAUCCCAAGGGAAGACGUUUCGAAACGGUUAGUAAAUGGAAGUAUUGGGCUACAACAACACAGGUGGAGAUGCGUGUUCGUAAGGGACAGACACAGUUUCCUGGAUAUAAACGCUGGUUUCAUUGA